UUUGGUGGUGGUCUCUGUCUCCUGGUUCUGUCUGGCGGGUGCGCGCCACUCAACAAGCGUCGGCAAAAUGGCGGACAUUAUCCAGUUGAAAGCAGAGCAGCAGCAGCAGCAGCAGCAGCAGAGGAGUCGUCUCAAACGGUAAAUAACGCUCCGCAAUGUCCUCCAUUCCCGCUCCCAUUCCUACUCGCCCACUCUCUGCCUCCUCUCCCAUCAUCCCACCCCACCACCCUUCCCACGUCUCUCCUCCGCCGGCACCCAGCGACACCUUCCCCAUCUCCUCUGCUUCUCUUCUUCCUCCUCCUCCUCCGCACCCUUUGCUUUCCACCCCUCCUCGCUCUUCAUGGAUCGAAUCCCUCCGCUUCCAAGCCAGAUCAAAUCUUUUCCGAGAAGCCAUCUCCACCUACGUGGAUAUGAUGGCUCUUCCCGGUAUCCCUCCCGACCAAUUCGCUUUCCCUGCUGUCCUCAAGGCCGUCGCGGGCCUCCAGGACCUCAAUCUUGGGAGGCAGAUUCACGCCCAUGCUGUUAAACUUGGGUACGAGCAAUCUUGUGUUUCCGUUGCCAAUACCCUGUUGACCAUGUAUGACAAGUGCGGCGACAUCGGAAACGUCUUUAAGCUGUUCGACAGAAUACCUGAGAGGGACCAAGUUUCUUGGAACUCCAUGCUCGCCGCACUCUGUCGGGAUGAGGAGUGGGUUCUUGCGUUGGAUUGCUUUCGUUCGAUGGUGUCGGAAAAUUUGGAGCCCAGCUCCUUCACUUUGGUGAGUCUGGCCCAUGCAUGCUCAAACUUGCCGCAAGGGGAUAGUGUCUUGAAGCUCGGGAAGCAGGUUCACGCUUAUAGUUUGAGGAAAGGGGAUCGGAAAACGUUUACCAACAACUCUUUGAUGGCCAUGUAUUCAAAGUUGGGAAGGGUGGGCGACUCAAAGGUUUUGUUUGAGUCGUUUGAAGACCGUGAUUUGAUUUCGUGGAACACCAUCAUAAGCUCGCUCGCCCAAAAUGAAUGCUUCAUGGAAGCUUUGAUGCUCUUAGUUCGCAUGGUCCAUGACGGAAUCAGUCCUGAUGGAGUAACGAUAGCUAGUGUUCUUCCGACUUGUACCCAAUUGCAGCUGUUAAAUGCGGGGAGGGAAAUACAUGCUUAUGCCUUGAGGAAUGAGGCCUUGAUUGGGAAUUCUUUUGUGGGCAGUGCUUUAGUUGACAUGUACUGCAACUGCAGGCAGAUUGAAAGUGGUCGUCGAGUUUUUGACAGUUUAUCUGAUCGGCAAAUUGGGCUUUGGAAUGCUAUGCUUGCUGGUUAUGCACAAAAUGAACAGGAUCACAAGGCUUUGAUGCUCUUCCUAGAGAUGGAAGCGGUUUGGGGGCUUAGUUCAAAUGCUACCACCAUCGCAAGCAUCUUGCCUGCUUGUGCACGCUGCAAAGCCUUCUCCGUCAAAGAGAGCAUUCAUGGGCAUGUUAUAAAGAAGGGUUUGCAAGGCGAUAUGUAUGUGCAAAAUGCACUCAUGGAUAUGUAUGCCAGAAUGGGGAAAAUAGGAAUUUCUAGAAUUAUCUUCGACAGCAUGGAAGUCAGAGAUUUAGUUUCUUGGAACACAAUAAUAACUGCAUCUGUUAUUUCUGAAUGCCACGAAAGUGCACUUGCUUUGUUGAUGAGAAUGCAGAGUAGGGGGAAAGAUGCUAGCAAGGAGGAGGAUAUGUACAAUGAGGAAAAUGUACAUUUUUGGAAACCCAACUCGGUCACCCUAAUGACGGUGCUUCCAGGUUGUGCUUCACUAGCUGCUAUUCUGAAGGGAAAGGAGAUCCAUGGUUAUGCGAACAGAAAUUCAUUAGCACUAGAUGUUGCAGUGGGAAGUGCAUUAGUAGAUAUGUAUGCAAAAUGUGGCUGCUUGUACUUAUCAAGAAGAAUGUUUGAUCAAAUGCCGGUUAGAAACAUAAUCACCUGGAAUGUCAUUAUAAUGGCCUAUGGCAUGCAUGGAAAGGGUGAGGAAGCAUUGCGAUUAUUCAACAAUAUGGUGGAGGAAGGAGCUAAUGGUGAAGGGGUGAUGCCCAAUGAAGUCACCUUCAUUGCCAUAUUUGCUGCAUGUAGUCACUCUGGAAUGGUUGAAGAGGGAAUGCAAUUGUUUUACAGUAUGAAAAGUGAAUAUGGAGUGGAACCAUUGCCAGAUCAUUAUGCUUGUGUUGUCGAUUUACUUGGUCGAGCAGGUCAAGUGGCUGAAGCAUUUCGGUUGAUUGAUUCCAUACCCUCUGAAUUUGACAGAACGGGCGCCUGGAGCAGCUUGCUUGGUGCUUGUCGAAUUCAUCAAAAUCUUGAGGUUGGGGAAAAUGCGGCUAUGAAUCUCCUUGAGUUGGAGCCUGAUGUGGCUAGCCAUUAUGUGCUACUGUCGAACAUUUAUUCUUCUGCAGGACUUUGGGACAAGGCAAUGGAUGUCAGGCAGAAGAUGAAGGAAAGGGGAGUAAGAAAAGAACCUGGGUGCAGUUGGAUUGAGUUUGGGGAUGAGGUUCACAAGUUCAUAGCAGGGGAAUCAUCACAUCCGCAAAGUCAGGAGCUUCACCGAUUCUUAGAGACGUUAUCCGAUAGAAUGAGGAAAGAAGGAUACGUGCCUGAUACUUCCUGUGUUCUGCACAACGUCAACGAAGAGGAAAAAGAGGCCUUACUUUGUGGACACAGCGAGAAGCUUGCUAUAGCUUUCGGUAUCCUUAACACUCCUCCGGGGAUGACCAUCAGAGUUGCCAAGAACCUCAGAGUUUGCAACGACUGUCAUGCGGCUACCAAGUUUAUCUCCAAGAUAGAGGACAGGGAGAUCAUUUUGAGGGAUGUGAGGAGAUUCCAUCAUUUCAGUGAUGGGAAAUGUUCUUGCGGUGACUACUGGUGAAGAUCACCUGCUAAAAUCCGGGACUAUGAGUCAGAAGAUUGUAUUGAAAGUGCGGGGCAUCAUCCUCUCUCUGAUCAAAACAACUGCAAGUCGAGGGAGACCCGUCGUUUUACUUAUUACUUUUUGGAUGCUGUCGAGGAGCGACAUGAUAAAUGAGGGCAAAUUCGAA